CUUGAAAAAUAUAGUUUAGUUUGUUUGUUUAGUUUUAGUUCUUUAGUUUUUUUUUUUUUUUCAUUCUUCUGCUCAGUGCUGGUGCCCAUGAAAAGGUUAUUUUGGACUACACAAGAUACAGAAGUUUUCCUGUUUACAACAGAACAACCCACACUUAAUGGUGUUUUAAGUGCAUUCUGUAGAGGAUUACAGCUUUAUCACAUGAAAAGGUACAUGCUGUGGAGUCUGAAGUGGAUAAUCUACACAAACACACGGCGGCAUUCCAUAGGUUACGCUCCAGUUCUGGCUGAGAUCUGAUCAGAGUUUUGGACGUGGAUUCAAAUGUUUCUUAACACAGUGUUGGUGGUCCUGACGGACCUGGCGGCCAGGUUGCUCGGUAACAAGCUCUUCCGGCAACACUUCCACCUGCUGCUGUCAGCUGUUGUGAUGUUCGGUCCUGCACUGAACCUCUGGGUGUCUCCUCACAGCAUCUUUGCCAAGAGAAGCCACUUCCUCUACAGGUUGUUCCUGCGCUCUGGUUGGGGCUGGACCUGCAUCUUUGUUGGCUCUUUUGUCUUCCUCCUCUCCUUCUCCAUCCGGCGAUCCCUCUCUCUGUGUAUCCGUCAUCUCUCCAGGCUCGCUGUGGCCGGCGGACUGUGGUUUGGUUUCUGCAAACUCCUAGACCUCCUGGAGAAUGCUACAGGAAGCUGCUACGAGCCUCUGCACACUGGCACAGAGGUCACCAACGGCCAGCCUCUGCUGGUGCUACGAGAAGGGGAAAGCAAGGCUGAGUGUCUGAAAGCUGGGAUGCUGUGGAGGGGGUAUGAAGUUUCAGAAGAUGUCUUCCUCCUCUGUCUGUGCUGCCUGCUGCUGGCAGAGGAAAUGGCUGUAUUUGGCCCUUAUCUGAGCCUUGGGGGGAUCUCUGAUGCCCCUCUGAGGAUCCUCUUCUUGUUCUGUGUUCUUCUGCUCUGCCUUUGGAUCUUUCUGCUGCUCUGUCUCUUAGCUUACUUCCCUCAGUUUCCCACUCAGCUACUAGGUGGUGCUCUAGGCUGUCUAAGCUGGAGGGGACUGUAUCAAGGCUGGUACCGCCUGGGGCCCAGUUGGUACUGUCCUGGGAGGCCUGGUCAGGGACUCCUUAACACAAAAACCAGCCCUGAAGCAGAGGAUGCACUGAACCACAAUCACUGCAAUUAACUAAAAGAGGAAGGAAAAAAAUUUACAUAUGAUUGUUAAAAUUUGAAUGAAUUAAAUCCUGACAGUUGGCUUCAGAAGUGUAUCAGUGUUUUUUUCUCUCUCUCUCUGUAUAUCUGUGCUGCAAAUACAAAUUAAGUCAUUAAAUGGUGCAUCUUCUCUAUGAUGUAAAACAGAUGCUAAGAGAGUCUUCAGCACAAGUUAAGUAAGAUCACUGACAGCAUUUGCUCUUUAUACGGUCUAGAAAAAUAGUGUCCUCUGCUCAGGGAGAAAAGUCAGGUGAUCAUCAAGGGCAUACAAGCUCCAAGUGUACUUGGUAUUGUCAUAUUGCAAGUCUGUUUGUACUGAAUGUAGACUAUAACCUUACUGCACAUAAAUCCAUGAGCAACAUCAGUGUUUCUCAUACUGUGUGCAAGGUUUAUUUCUCCUCUAACUUUAAAUCUAUUUAAAGGGCAUGCCAUCAGUGUGUUAGGGUUUUGUAAUGCAUGUAUUGUCAAGAAUGAAACAAGGUUGUAUCAUUAAGAUUAAAUGUGGUUCAGGAGACUGCUUCUGCUGCAGGAUGCACCUAGGGCUGCUACUGUAUCAGAGAUGGAGGUGACCUGUUGUGUCUGGCAACGGUAUUUGAAGUGGGGUUUUUUGUUUGUUUGUUUGUUUUUUGGCUUCCUCUUGGUUGCAGGUUUAAAGAUGUAGUUGCAAAACUCUACAGGCAGCUGAAACUGAAAUAAAUACCAAGUUGGGCAUAAUCUCAGACUCAGCGAUGUUACAGUUGGGGUCCAGUUGAACAGUUAAACCAUUUUCAUUUACCUCAUUGGUAGGAAAAAGAUUUAGGAAAAAUCCAACCACAUUUCCAGUUAGUUAUGAUGCAGGUUCAGCCAAACAAAUAUUCAACAAGUACCUAAGUUACUUUGUCUAAUCCUACUUCAUGUUGCUUCAGAGGCUGUCAUGUUAAUGAAAUUAAGGUAUAAAAUGCUUGUGCAGUGAAGUUAGCAGGGAAAAACAAAAGAAAUAAAAAUCAUGGCCCAAGCUGCUCAGUGAGCCUGCUGUUCCUAUAUUUAUUUACAUCAAUGCCAGAAAGUGUGACUGAGCGAAAAUAAUCAUGCAUUGUUUCAAAGCUGUGGCUGCAAGCAAUUGUGGAGC